GUCAGGUAUUGCCAAUCACAGUAAUAUUAUAUUUUAUCUUAUACUCAAUUUGUAAAAAAUGCAAUUACUCAAUUACUGUUGAAGCAUAGAAUAGUUUUUAUUUUAUUUUAAAUGAUGAGUCAAUUAGAGAUUUAUUUUUGUUGUGAUAACAAAUUACUACUUACUGCUGUAAUUUGAAAAGAAAAAAUGAAUGCUUUAUUUUUCAUUCUCACAAUUUAUCUUUUAAUUUCUAUUGUCAAUAGUGUUAAUUGUCCACAUUAUUGUCAAUGUCUUGUUUCAAAACACUUGAGACAUGUUCAGUGCAUCGGAAAAGGACUCAUUAGUGUUGAUUUGAAUAUUCCACAUUCAGUUCAGUGGUUACAGCUUUCAAAUAAUUUAAUUUAUGAAUUAGAUGACAACAUUUUUGAGACUCUUGGCCUGAAACAAAUAGUAGAACUUUAUUUAGAUAAAAAUGCAAUUCAGGCUCUUGGUUUGAAUGCAUUUUCUGGACUUAAAAAGCUGAAAACUGUUGAUUUAAGCGAUAAUCGUCUCCAUUCCAUUCCUUCUGGAGUAUUUCAACAGAUACCCUCAUUAAUUAAUGUCUUUUUACAUGGAAACCCUCUAAAAUACCUUAGAACAACUGAACCUUUUCUUAAUUCUUCAUCUAUACAAAUAUUGGACCUUAGUUAUUGCAGAAUAAGUCAUAUUCCAGUAUUGGCACUUUCUGCUUUACAUUCUUUGAUUAAAUUAAAUAUAUCUUCCAAUCUUAUGGAAAAUAUUGACUAUUUUUCAUAUAAAGAUUUGAUAUAUCUUGAAGAAAUCGAUUUAUCUAAUAACAAGCUAAGUUGUGAUUAUAAAAGUAAGGAAUUUCUUACUUGGACCUCUGCCAAAACAAUAAAAGUUUUUGGAUCAGUUUGCGAAAUGGUUACUACUUCACCAACUAAAGUGAAAACAUUGGAAAAAAUUAUAAUGUAUGAAAGUGAAAAUACUGUCCCUGAGAAAGAAGACAUAUCAGUAAAUUUUGACAGUGAAUGCACUUGUUCUACAUGUGAUUCGAAGUAUCAAAGAAAAACAGUUAAUUCUGAGUCAGAAAUCACAAGGAGCAAUGAAAAUCAGUAUUUGAGUUUAUUUUUAGUUCUUUCAUUCAUGAGUGGUUUAGUGGUUGGAAUUGCUGUGACAGUAUUUUUAUGGAUUUUUUAUCAUUUAAUUAGAUUUAGAGAAAGACAUCAUUUGUGCUAUACGUCAAUGAAUAACGAUGAUCCACUUCAGUUAUUUGAAGACUUAUACAGCAACUGAUUGUUUUAAUUAAAGUUAAAAUAAUUACCACAACAAUUUAAUUAAGGUUAACCUAAUUUAUUUACGCAAUUAAACUUGCAGAAUUGAAUGUACUGUUUCUAUAAUUUUGAAAUAAUAUUCAUGUUUUAUAAAUAAUUAAAUGGCCCACUUUUUUAUAUUUUUAUGUUCUGAAAUUUUCUGUAUUGGAAAUAUUGGUUCAUCUUUAUAUUCCUAUUUUUUUAAUUGUCAGUUACAAUUUACUGUUAUUUGAAUCCUAUGACUGCAGGAGCUUAUUCCACUGUUUCUACCAUAUGGCAGGUCCGGAAACCCAAAAAUACGUUCAGAAAAAAGGAUUUUUUUUUUUACAAAAAUUUGUUUAAAAUACUAUUUUGAAUCACCUUUUAAGUUCUUAGCUUUCUAAAAUGCAUUUAAACUUUUUAUUUAAAUUUUAAUGAACACCACAUAUGCAAUCCCCUAACACUUUGCUAUCUUGCAUAUUUGCUCAUUUCUGAAAAGCAAAAUAACUGAAAAUUAUCUCAAAAAUAACUGUACGUGAUGAUGUAUAAUAUCUACCCUAACUGGACAUGCUCUCGAAUUGAGUUCUAAGAUAAAGAUUGAUAUUGAACAUAAAGAAAAUAACCUCUAAAAAUACCUCAAAACAAAAGCAAUAAAAAUCUGGUGUGUCCACUCAGAGAUGGGCAUAUUUAUAUUCAAAAAUAUAAAUACGAAUACCAUUUAUAUUUAUGGUACAAAUAAAUAUAAAUACGAAUAUAUUCGUAUUCAUAAAAAGUAAUAUGAAUACAGAAGAUAUGUAUUCACGACUGUAAAUAUAAAUACGCCCGUAUUUAAAAAAUUUUUUUAUAUAAACCAUUUUAUUUUUAUAUAUAGUAUUAUAUUCUUCGGGCAUCGCCUCUCUCCUUCCCCCCAAUAAAAAUUCUGAGUAGAUGAGAAUAUUGGAAUUUCUUAUAGAGCAGGUACUCUCGUGACAAAAAAUUGAAAAAAUAAAUCCCUAUCAUCCAGAUUACAAGAGCCUUCUAAACAAACAGACUCAGUUUCGCUAUCAACUUCAUACAUUGUUUUAUAUGCAAAACUUAACACAUUAACAAAUAUAUUCACACAUUACACACUGAACGGCAGGUCCGGAAAGGUCACUAUUCAAAUUUGACAGCUCUUGCCCCUUUCCUUGCUUCAACUCUGUCGUGUACACGUAUUUCCCGAUGGGAUUUCCAGGGUAUCGUUUCGUGUGUUGUACUUACCCUGGCCGUCUAUUAAACUUAUCUUUAUUACCAUUAGGAGCCCAUAAGUAAACAGUGCACCGAAAAGUCUGUACGUCUAGGAUCAUCAACGUAGGCUUUCCAUUCUGGUACGGGAGACACCCCGCCCUCUGGACCCAAUAAAAAAAAAACGCUUGUGAAUUUAUAUUACGUACAAACAUUCCAAGUGAUAACUAACAUAAUAUAUUGUAAAACGAAGAAUAUAAUACUAUAAAUAAAAAUAAAAUGGAAUAUAUAGUAAAUAUAUAUUUUUUUAUAUAAACAAUUUAAUAAAUAUAUUUUUUUUGAUAAAUGAGAUUUUGUAAAAAUAUCUGCAUUCACUUCUAUAAAUUUAAGCGUAUUCAUUUUUAUAAACGUGAAUAUUACCGUAUUCACUUUUGCUAUAAAUACAAAGGCUCGGCAAUUUAUAUUACGUUCAAACAUUAAGAAUGAGAAUUAACAUAACAUAUUAUAUAAGGUAGAAUAUAAUACUAUAUAUACAAAUAAAAUGAUAUAUAGUAAAUAUAUUUUUAAAAUAAAGAAUUUAAAAUAAAUACAUUUUUUUAAAAUAAAUAAGAGUAUUCAUUAAUAAAGUUGUGUGGAAAUAUUUCCAUUCACCUCUGUAAAUUCAAGGCAAUUCAUUUUAGUAAACGUGAAUACUGCCGUAUUCACUUUUACAGGUGUAAAUACAGCCGUAUUCACUUUUACAAUCGUGAAUACGGCCAUAUUUAUAAUCACAGUCGUGAAUAUGUGAUAAUUAACAUAACAUAAUACAUUGCAACAUAAUUAACAAAACAUAUUGUAAAAGGAAGAAUAUAAUACUAUAUAUACAAAUAAAAUGAUAUAUAUAGUAAAUAUAUUUAAAAAAAAAAAUUUAAAAUAAAUACAUGUUUUUAAAUAAAUAAGAGUAUUCAUUAAUAAAGUUGUGUGGAAAUAUUUCCAUUCACCUCUGUAAAUUUAAGGCUAUUCAUUUUAGUAAAUGUGAAUACUGCCGUAUUCACUUUUUUUACCGGUGUAAAU